UCGAUAAUUUUCCCCAGUGCGCAGAGCUGUAGGCUGAGGAAGGGGCGGAAAUAUUUCAGUACCCUUGAAGCGGACAGCUCUUGCCGGAUCCCCACGCUUCUGACCACCGGGCUCCGCAUCCGAGCCUGGAGAGCAGGCAGGAUCAUAAUUUAUAGCUACCUAAGAUAGGGGAGGGUAAAGCGGCCACAUACAGGCAAACACCUCCCUGCUCUUGGAAGAUCGUGACCACUUUCACGCCGUUUUAGCCGUAGUGGAAGGGUGAGAAAGAGGGAGGAAGAAAGGGAGCAGAGCAUCACUACAGAGAGAGAUGGCGGAGUGCGGGCGAAAGGCGCUGUCUCUCCUGGAAGCGGCCCGGUCCCGGUACGAGAGCCUGCAGAUAUCCGACGACGUGUUCGGCGAGUCCGGGGAUGACAGCAGCGACAAUCCCUUCUACAGCACCUCCGGAGACUCCGACUCUGACAACUACAUAGCCGAGGUAGGCGAGGAGGACCAGCACCACCACCACCACCAAAAACGGGGCGGCAAGGACAGCAGCGGGCAACGCGGGGGAGCAGGAGGUGGCGGCAGCGGGAGAAUCGGAGCCGGUCCCCCGGGCUCUCUGUCCCGUAGUCAGGCAGAGGAGGAGGGCUGGACGGAGACUCUGCAGGAUGUCACGGUGCCGCCGUUUAAAGAGACAUAUGGCCCUGCUCAGAAGAUGCCGGUCACCGCCACGGCUUUGGACUUCUUCCAGCUCUUUGUCCCAGACAAUUGCAUCCAAAACAUGGUCACCCAGACUAACAUGUAUGCCAAGAAGUUCCAGGAACGCUUCGGCUCAGACGAAGGCUGGCGUCCUGUCACAGCCCAGGAGAUGAAGGCCUUCCUGGGCUUUGUCACUUCCACCAGUGUGCACCGCUGUGAGUCGGUGCUCAGCAUCUGGAGCUCAGGCUUCUUCAGCAACCGGAGCAUCGCCUUGAAGAUGAGCCAGGCGCGCUUUGAAAAGAUCCUCAAGUACUUCCACAUUGUGGCUUUCCGGCCAUCACAGGGAAGCAACCAGGGCCUGUACAAGAUCCAGCCCUUCCUGGACUCGCUGCAGCAGUCGUUCAGCUACACCUUCAGACCUUCACAGACACAGGUUCUUCAUGAGCCAUUGAUAGACGAGGAUCCGGUGUUCAUUACCACCUGUACGGAAAGAGAGCUGAGGAAGAGGAAGAAGAGGAAGUUCAGCCUCUGGGUUCGACAGUGUACCUCCACCGGAUUCAUCUGUCAGAUCUCAGUCCAUCUGAAGGAGGGCACAGACGCUCUGGCCACCUUGAAGAACAAACCUCAGCUCCACAGCCUUGUGGCCAAGCAGCUCUGCCAGAACAUCUCCGGCAAGAACAGCAUCAUCUUCACCGGGCCGUCCAUCACUAGCCUCAGCCUCUUCACUGAAUUCAGCAAACAAGAUAUCUACUGCUGUGGACUGCUGAGCACCAGGAAGAGCGACUGUACAGGCUUACCACAAAACAUGCUGGUCUGCGGCUCCACGCCAGCGCAGCGCGGCCAAUCACGAGUAAUGAUGAAAGGCAGCAUGUCACUGAUCAGCUGGUACAACAAGGGACACUUCAGGUUUCUCACCAACGGCUAUUCCCCAACAAAACAAGGUAUCAUCAUUAAGAGGAAAAGCGGGGAGAUCCCAUGUCCCUUGGCUGUUGAGGCCUUUGCGGCGCACCUCAGUUACAUCUGCAAAUAUGACGACAAGUACAGCAAGUACUUUAUCUUCCAUAAGCCCAACAAGACCUGGCAGCAGGUGUUUUGGUUGAGCAUCAGCAUCGCCAUCAACAACGCGUACAUCCUUUACAAGAUGUCUGACGCCUACACGGUGAAACGCUACAGCCGAGCGCAGUUUGGAGAGAGACUGGUCAGAGAACUGCUGGAUUUAGACGACUGCUCCCCCACACAGUGA